AUGGGCUUCGUGGCAAUAUGCACCGCCGUCUACGACUACAAACCUCAAAGCACCGGCGAGCUUGAAAUAGAUGAGGGCGAGCUGCUAUAUAUCUUGGAAAAGAGUCAAGAUGAUGAUUGGUGGAAGGCCAAGAAGAAGGCGGCGGGUGAUGAAGACGACGAACCUGAAGGCUUGAUCCCAAACAAUUACGUUCAAGAUGCGAUACCCACCCAUUCCGCCAAAGCCCUCUACGACUAUACUCGUCAAACCGACGAGGAAGUCUCCUUCUCCGAAGACUCCCCUCUCGAUGUUUAUGAUACCUCAGAUCCUGACUGGACCUUGGUAGGCAUAAAUGGUGACUUUGGCUUUGCGCCUGCCAACUAUAUUGAACUCUUGGGGGCUGCCGCUCCCAAGUCUCCCGCUUCAUCUUCCCACCGCCACUCCUUACCUCCAGUUGCGACCGCUCAAUCUCCCACGAGUCCGUCCUCUCCCACCAGAACUCCUUCUGGGCCAGCUGCCGAUUUAGCAAGAGUCCUCGCAGGUGGUCCAGCCUCUCCGGUUGCUGCUCGAGCCAUCUCCCACCAGCCACACCAACAACCAACGCCUGACGCUUCAGACGGCGAAGAUGAGGCACCACCUCCACAGCUCCCGCGCAGACCAAACUCAGAAUCCUUUUCUCCUCCCGCUAUUCACACUAGCUCAUACGCUGAUGAGGCCCCGGGUGUGCUACCAUCUCCCCCCUACAACCGAGCAGUGCCCCGACCUGACAACGAUGACGCACCUAUCCGAUCACCUGGCGGUUUCCAUCUCUACAAUAUAAAUGAAAUGGUCUCAGCCAUGGGUCGAAGGCGAAAAAUGCCUACAACUUUGGGAAUCAACAUUGCAACUGGUAUCAUCAUGCUCUCUCCAGAGAAAUCACGCGAUGGUCCAUCCCAAGAAUGGACUGCUGAUAAAAUGACACAUUACUCUAUUGAGGGCAAACACAUCUUCAUCGAACUUGUUCGCCCAAGCAAAAGUUUAGACCUCCAUGCCGGUGCUAAAGAUACCGCUCAGGAGAUUGUAAGUGCGCUGGGAGAGAUCGCCGGACUGCAUCGUGCCGAAGGCAUUCGAGAGGUAAUCGCAGCAGCCUCAACACCCGGCACGCAUAAAAAGGGUCAAGUUCUGUAUGAUUUCAUGGCUCAAGGCGAUGAUGAGGUCACCGUGGGUGUUGGUGAUGAAGUCGUCGUUCUUGAUGACACAAAGUCUGAAGAAUGGUGGAAUGUGAGGCGUCUGAAGAAUGGAGCGGAAGGGGUUGUUCCAAGUAGCUACGUGGAAAUCACUGGGUUUACCACCAUCGAACCACCAUCGAGAUCUGGUAUUAAUGCGGGCAAGUCGGCGGUGGACCAGAAUCGCCUAGAAGAAGAAAGGCUAGCAAGGGAAGCGGCGAGGGCUGAUCGAGCCCGACAUGAGGCAGAGUCCGCCCGAGCAGCUCGAGCAGAAGCCAAUGCCAUUCCACAGCGUGGUAGCAGCUUAGCUGACGAAGGUUCACAUCGGAGGGAUCGGAAGGAACGAGAUGAUCGCAAGAAGAGCAGAUCCAGACCGGACUCAUCAAAGGUGAGAACAUGGACUGACCACUCAGGGUCGUUCAAAGUCGAGGCCCAGUUCUUGGCUGUUUCGGAUGGAAAGAUCCAUUUGCACAAGGUCAAUGGUGUCAAGAUCGCCGUCCCAGUGACAAAGAUGUCGCCAGAAGACCUUGCAUAUGUUGAGAAGGUAACGAACGAAUCGAUCGAGGAGCACAUACCAGUGGCUGAUCUGAUUAAGAUGAAACGUCGAAGUCAAUCCUCUGAACAAAGUAAAUCAAAAAGCGGCGCCUCCAUUGAACCACGCGCAUCAGGCCAGCCAAAAGGCCCCGACUAUGACUGGUUUGAUUUCUUCCUGAAGGCAGGUGUUGGACCACACCAGUGCGAACGAUAUUCCCAAGCCAUGAUCCGUGAUUCCAUGGAUGAAUCAGUACUUCCCGAUAUCUCCACCGAUACUUUGAGAACACUCGGUUUGAAGGAAGGUGAUGCUCUGAAGGUCAUGAAGUACCUUGACCAGAAAUUCGCCCGAACCAAGGGUGCCAAUGGGACAAACGGUGAUCCAGGUUUCUCACUCGCGGGGCCAAAUGGUGUUUUACAGAACAACACCCGGCGAGGCAGACCAGAAGCCACUCGACAAGUCAGCGAUGUGGUUGACCAGGAUGCAUUCAAGGCGACUAACUCCGAGGAGAAACCACCUCCAGAGGCGAAGGCUACACCGCUCACGCAGGCUCCUCCUCGAGAACCUCAGGGUGGCUUCGAAGAUGAUGCAUGGACUGUGAAGCCGUCAAAGGCCUCAGCAGCGCCUUCGCAACCGGCUCCUGCGGCUACACCGGCACCAAAACCACCUACUGGUGCAGCAGUCGAUUUGUCCUUGCUCGAUGCGCCUCUUGUACCGACUCCUGCGGUUCAGCAACAGCCAACACCACAGCCUCCAGCCCCUGCUCCAACCCAACCACAGCUACAACCUCAGCCCACGGUCUCACCUGCACCAGUCCAGCAAGCACAGAACAUUGGUGCUAAUCCACAGUUCUUCUCCCAGUUGAAUCAACAGCCUCAACCCACUGGGCUGCAAAAUCCACAGAUCAACAUCGCUCGACAGAGACCACAAGCUCCUCAAUCAAACUUCACUGGGGUUGGAUUGCUUCCUCCACCUCCGCGACCAACUUCGGCGCCACAAAAUCCACAUCAAAACCAAUUUGGCCUUCAACCCUUGCAACCUCAAUUGACUGGCAUACCUGCUACAUCGGCACUACAAGCUCCUCCAGGUCAAAGCCUCAAUGACUUGAAUCAACAGCGGUUGCAACAACAAUACCAACAGAUGAGCCUUCAACCCCAAGCAACAGGAUUCGUGACUCAACCACAGGGACUGGGUCCAUAUGGAAUGGUCCCUCAAGUUACUGGUUAUCAACCUCAACCACAACUUGGACAAUUCCAACAACCUUACAUUAACGGUAAUGCUGCUGGAAGUCCAUUCGCCGACCCUCGACCCUCCUUCCAGGCUCAACCUACCGGUAUACCUUUCCAGCAGAGCCCACCACCAGGCGGUAUUAAUUCUGUGCUGCCCCCAGCACUCAUGCCACAGCGAACAGGCUUCACGUCUCCUCUUCAACAAACCCAGACAAACGGAUAUCAGCAGCCAUAUUCGAUCCAACCGGCCGCAACUGGAUUUGCACAACCGUUACAAUUGCAGCAGACAGGGUAUCAGCAGCCAUUACAGCCACAACAAACUGGGUUUGGCCAGAUUCAAGGUAAUGGAUAUGGAAACUUCCAGCCGCCGCCAGUCCCUCCAAUUCCUCAAAUGCCGACACCAGCGCCUCUCCAGCCACAGAAGACCGGUCCAGCACCUGCGGUCAAGUUUGGGGUGACUGAAGGAAAGAAAUUAGUUCCUCAGCCAACAGGAAGGCGAGCGAAUCUUGCCAAUGCCAGUGCCAACAACCCUUUUGGGUUUUAG